GUUUAUGGACUUUAAUCAAUGAGGGGAAGAUUUAGAUUUUAGAUUAUGCAGAAAAAGAUGAUUGUUUAGAUUGUUUUUUUAUUGAAUUGUUCUUUAUAAUCAUUAUAAAAUCUUAAUUAGACAGAUUUUUGACAUUCCAAAGCCAUUUCCGAUUAAAUGUCAAAAAUGUCGAUAAGUACCUGUAGAAAAAAUUUUAAUCAAAAAUAUUUUGUCCUGUGGUUCAACAUAAAGUUUUCUGAUAAUGAUUCUCAACAACAGCAUCGAAAUGGUAAUGAAAAAAAAUUGGGCAUAUUAUGGAUUCAAUCAUGGCAACAUCGUUAUCUUGUUGUUGGUUAUGUUCAAUCGAAUAGUAUUGCUGCACGAAUUGGUCUUAAACAUGGUGAUCGUCUUGGUUAUUUAAAUGGAAUCGUUGCGCCAAAAAUUAAACAUAUUGAAAAUUUCUUCUCAGAUAAUAAUAAUGAUACAUGUACACUUCGUUUGGGUAUACUACGUAAACAUGAUCCAAUUAUGUUUAAUCUCUUACAAAUCAAAUCCAAUUUACUUACUGAUAAUAAUAAUAAUAAUGAUGAUGCUAAACAAUCAGAUCAGAAGGUUAAAAAUGACGUAAAUGAUGGUAUCGAACAUUCCAAUAAUAAAUCAAAAGAAGAUAAUCAAAAAAACUUACGAUAUUUUUUUGUUGCACAAAGUUGUUAUGAAAAUUUAAAAGAACCAGAAUUAUAUGAUGAAAAUAUAUUAUCAUCAGCAAUUAAGAACAAGAAUAAUAAUAAUUGUUCAUAUUGUUAUUCACUGAAUUCAUCAAUAACAAGUUUUAGUCCAACAAAACAAUCAACACCAAUUAUUGACGAUCGAAGUAAUUGUAGUCAAAAUAAAAAUCUUCAAGAAGCUGGUUCAACAUUUAUAAAAAAUAAGGAAAAUUAUCAGCCAAUUUUUAUUGAUGAUAAAAAUGUUUCAAAACAAAAACAAAAACAACAACAACAAAUGAAUGAAAGCUGUUCUUUUCAUUGUACAAAUAAAAAACGUCCCGAAAUACAGAAAUUGCUUAAAACAUAUGAAUUGGUAUCGUAUGAGAAAAAACUUUAUCAUAAAUAUCCGGAUACAAUGGUUAAACCGAAAAUUGAUAAACAUGUUAAAUCACAACGUGUAUUACGUAAUGUUCAGAAACAGAAUUGAAAUCCAAAAAAUUGUUUUUAAUUGAAAAAUUUUUAUUUAUUUAUAUUACAAAUGAUGAUGUUAAAGAAUCUUUUUUCC